AUAUACUAUAGCAAAUUGUAUCACAUGUUGGCUAGCAGCCCUAUUUAAGCCCACGCAGGCCCUGCGAAACUCCUCACCGGUAAUCACUUAGCAAAUCUAGCCAUCUCAUCAUCUCCAGCUGAGCUCGGCUGCGCUACUAUUCCAAACUCAUUAGGGAUGGCUCGCGCUGCAGCUAGUCAGCUCGUGCUGGUCGCCCUGGUGGCCGCCAUGCUCCUCGUAGCCGCCGACGCGGCCAUCUCCUGCGGUCAGGUGAGCUCUGCCUUGAGCCCCUGCAUCUCCUAUGCCCGCGGCAACGGCGCCAAACCGCCUGCGGCCUGCUGCAGCGGCGUCAAGAGACUGGCCGGCGCUGCCCAGAGCACCGCUGACAAACAAGCGGCGUGCAAGUGCAUCAAGAGCGCUGCUGGUGGGCUAAACGCUGGCAAGGCCGCCGGCAUCCCCUCCAUGUGCGGCGUCAGCGUCCCCUACGCCAUCAGCGCUUCCGUCGACUGCUCUAAGAUUCGCUGAUCAACCACUUGCUGCCUAUAGCCCCAGCAAUCGACGCUGAGUACGUUGAGGUCACACAUACAUACAUAUAUAUGAAUAAAUGCUCUCAUAUUAUCUUCAUGUGGGAUAUAUAUAGAGAGAGACAGAGAGAGAGAGGACGGAGUAUCUAUGUUGAGCCAGUUCUGCAUGGCCGGCCAUACUGUUCUAUCCAUGUUUGGUUGUUCCUUCACUCCCUUUGAGGGGACCCAAGAGUUUAUUGUAUUUUGUACCAUGUGCACUGUUGAUAUAUGAAUCAUACACUCAGCUAUGCCUGCGUGCGUCGUUAUUCAA